AUGAUCAGUAGAGACUAUAUUCAUCAGAAGAAAUUGUUGGAUUCUGAAACUGAUGCUAUGAGCAUUUCAAGUAUUAGUUAUGAUAAUAAUAAAAUGAAACCAUCUAUAUCGAUUGAAACUCAUUUUGUUCUUGAUUGUUCUCAUCCAACUACUGUUGAUCUUCCUUCAACUACAAGCGAAUCCAUUGUUGUCAAUACUGAUUCGCCUAAUUCAUAUCCAUAUCAAACCACAUCUCUAUCGUUCCGAACAUUUCAUCUGCUCUUUCCAACGCCAACCAAUAUUUUUUCGGAGUCUCCAUGUCCAACUCUAAAACCCUCGACGGUUAUCCCAAUCCCAUCACUAACAAUCACAGAUCAAAUCAUCACACCACAUCACCACCUAAAUCGCUCAACCAGAACAAAGGAUUACUCAGAUUCAAGUCCGUUCGACUAUGCCAUUUUUAUUAAUCUUGAAAAGGACACGAGAUAUGAGAAACGAGAACAUAAUAGAUUCGAUCGUAAGUCUUUUGUUGUGCUUGAUGAUAACGUUGAGUGUGAUAAUGGAAAUAAAAUAUUAAUUAAUAUUGACGUCCCUGAGAAAAACGAUCAAACUAUGAUCACGGAAGACUGUGCUUAUGGUGAUAUGUAUAAUAAUUAUUUACAUGUAAAGGUUAAUGUAAAGUGA